AACAAAUAAUGUACGGAUAGAUCCCGCUUCGGAUUCAUGGUUCAUGAGAUUAAAUCACUGAUGACUAAACAAAAUUCUUGUAUUACUCAUGUUCGACGAAACCAUAAUCUUAUUAUUAGUCCUUCUUUAGCUACUUAUGGUAGAUGUAGACAUGUAGUGGAAGAACUGUUGUGUGGCUUGUUCUGGUCCAGAUGGUAUUGUCGAACUUUGUAAUUCUAGGUGUAGCUCUGCAAUGUGAGUGGAAGAACUGUUUUAUGGAUUUAUUUCAAUCUAUCUAGUGCUAUUUUUAGUGGUAUGACGUGUCCGCCAACUACGAGGUGUUUAUGACAAUUCGUCAACCUCAAGAUCUAUUGGCCCAGUCUCUCGCAGCUGCUCACAGGAAUAUGAUGUAUGUGUGCACGUUCAUGAGGAUGAGUGUCUGUGCGUGUGUGAGCGUAUUGUAGUGUUUCCAAAAGGAAAAAGAAGUUUGUUAGGGCAUGUAAAAUGGUUGAUAAGAUAGUCUUAUCUUAAGUCUUGCAUGUGAUUUAGAGAUGAUAAAAAACAUGUCUACAAUGGGUCAUCUCUUAGCCUUAUCUUCAAUAACUAGCUAUUCCUAAAAACAUAGUGAGACAUAUUGUGGAUCAUCUCUUGUCUUCUCUUGAGAAGACAAGCUCUUUCUUAUGAUUUCUCUCUCAUUCAUCUCAUUAUCUAUCCUACGUGGCAUGCCUAAGAUGGAACCAUUGUACAUGCCCUUAAUUGAGCCGGAGCAUAUAGUUCGGCCGUUGUCUGGCGCAUGCAUUCCACGUUCGACUAGGCAGUUUCUUGUUGCCGUGACCAAACUACAAGAGCCACCAUGCAUGCACGUGCCAGUGGCCACCCACGAAUAUAAUUUUUUGGCAUGCCAGCCGGCUGGUCGGCAUCCCUACUCGAUCGAUCUGGUAUAGCUCCCAUCAGCCAUUUCUUGUUGCUUGUUGUACUAAGUUGCAACCCCUGGUUCGGUUCGCGCGCUAUAUAAAGAGGUAGACUGAGGCGCCCUUGCCAUUCAAGCAUCUCUUGGAGUAGUAAGGUCGUCGUUGCCAUGGAUCGCGUUUCCAAUGCUGUGCACAUCCAGAUGCCUGCGCCGGCGCAACAAUCCUCUGCUCCCAUGGCCCAGCCACCGACGGGCGUCGCGCCGGCCGACAAGACGCUCUCGAGCGCGUCGGACCUCCUGAAGCUCCUGCCGACGGGCACGGUGCUGGCCUUCCAGGCGCUGGCGCCUUCCUUCAGCAACAACCAUGGCGUCUGCCACGCGGCCAACAGAUACCUGGUCCAGGCGCUCAUCGGCGGCUGCGCCGCCUCCUGCGUGCUCCUCUCCUUCACGGACAGCCUCGUCGGCCGCGACGGCAGGCUCUACUACGGCGCGGCCACCUUCGGGGGCUUCUACCCUUUCAACUUCACCGGCACGCGCGCCGAGCGGGACGCGGUGUUCAAGGACCUCUCCAGGUUCCGGGUCACGCCCAUGGACUUGGUGCACGCCGUCGUCUCCGCGCUCGUGUUCCUCGCCGUCGCGUUCGCCGACGCCGGCGUACAGGGCUGCCUGUUCCCGGACGCCGCGAGGGACUUGAGGGAGCUGCUGGUCAACUUGCCGGUUGCCGCUGGCUUCCUCGCUAGCAUGGUGUUCAUGAUCUUCCCCACCACCAGGAAGAACAUCGGCUACACGGAUAUGAUGCCCCACUCGCAGUGACAACGCUCAGGCUCAGCAAACGAACGUGGUGGAGCUCAUUCAUUCCCUUGGUCUUGUUUUUCUUAAGCCAAUCCGUUUUAAACUUGACCAAACUAGCAGCACGGCGACCCUUACAGAUACGAGAGCAUCAUCUUUAGUGUCUCAAAAUUGGUAUUGUUUAAUUUUUUAUCUCAUGUAGAUUUUUUUUUCUUCCUACUAUUAUUUACCUUCUUCAUUUCAAAGUGCGUGACUUUUGGACAUGAGUACAUUAUGAAGAUGUGACUUUGACAUUUACUUUGUACUACCUCAAUUCAGGUUUAU